AUGCCCAACGUCCUCCUACUCGUUGCCGACGACCUAGGCAAGCAGCUCGGCUGCUAUGGCUGUCCCUACACCAAGACGCCGCACAUUGACCGCCUCGCCGUUGACGCUGUCCGCUUCGACAAUGCCUUUGCCAGCACUGCCUCGUGCAGCGGCAGCCGCUCCACCAUCUACACCGGCAUGCAUACCCACCAGAAUGGCCAGUACGGCCUGCAGAGUGGCAAGCAUCACUUCAUGACCUUUGACCAUGUCGACACCGGCCCUGCCGUUCUAGCCCGCCACGGCUACCUGACCGCCAUUGUCGGCAAGGUCCACGUCGGCCCCGAUUCGGCCUAUCCGUGGGAACACCGCGCUGAAAGCCUGACCCGCGAUGUCUUCUGGAGCGCUGACCGCGCCGCCGACGUCUUUGCUGCUGCCAAGGCCACCAGUCGACCCUUUUGGCUGACCGUGGCCUUCCACGACCCCCACCGCUCCCACACUCGUGCCGGCUUCGGCAAUGAGGAGCCCGUCGACGACCGCAUCCAAAAGGCCACGUAUCGUCCUGAGGACGUCGUUGUGCCCAACUUUCUCACUGAUUCGCCGGGCGUGCGUACCGAGCUGGCCUCGUACUCUGAGGCUAUUAGCCGCCUCGACCAGGGCGUCGGUCACGUCCUGCUCGAGCUCGAGCAGGCCGGCCUCGCCCAGGACACGCUCGUCAUCUUCAUCAGCGACAACGGCCCGCCCUUUCUCAACUCCAAGACCACGCUCUUUGACGCUGGCAUCCGUCUGCCGCUCAUCGUCCGCCAUCCCGGCCUGCCCGGCUCGGUCAACCCGAAUCUGGUCUCGUUUGUCGACGUGCUGCCCACCAUCCUCGACUGGACCAUCGGUGCCGCCGCCCUGACCGAGAAAAAUGAGCGUUCCGGUCGUUCGUUCCUCCCCAUUCUCGGUGCCACCGAGCCCCUCUCGGCCUGGGACCACGUCUUGGGCUCGCACACAUUCCACGAGGCCACCAACUACUGGCCAACACGCUAUAUCCGUACCCGCCGCUUCAAGUACCACCGCAACAUUGCCUGGCGCCUCGACUUUCCCUUUUCCAGCGACAUCUAUGGCUCCCUCACCUGGGAAGAUGUCCGCAACGCCGAGACAAGCCCCAAGAUGAUCGGCCAGCGCCCGCUGCGAGACUACUUCUUCCGUCCGCCGGAGCAGCUCUUCGAUCUCGAGUCUGACCCGGCCGAGGUCAGGGAUCUGGCCAAGGACCCCGCCUAUGCUGACGUUCUCAAGGACCUGCGCGACUGCCUCGAGGACUGGCAGCGCCGCACCAACGACCCAUGGCUCUACCGUGACGGCAUCUCCCUGCUGCAAAACAAGUACCAUCUGGACGCCGGCCUCAAGAUUCCCGACCGCUGGGAUGUGGACGUAGACCACCCUGAGACCACUGGUGACUUCAAGGCAUAUGUGAACAGACCGUUUGGUGUUUAG